AUGAGGAGGCUGAUAAUUCUGUCACUUCUGGUGCUGCUCUGCUCUCUACAGCUGACCUCUGCUUUUGGUCCCCAAGGACUGAUUGUCUCUGACUGCUGCUCUGAUUUAAUGACCAUGAGGAUCCCUUUAAAGCGGGUGGUAUCUUACAGAUGGACCAGCAGUAGCUGUGCCAAAAAAGCCAUUGUAUUUGAGAUGAUUGGAGGGAAGAAGAUCUGUGUGGACCCAGAAGUCAGCUGGGUCAGUGGUCAUGUAGCUACAGUGGACAAGAGGAAGAGUGCAGUUUGGAGACUAGGAGCAACAGGCUAG